AUGGCCUUCAGGGGGCCUGAGCCCUGGGUCCCUGCAUCCCUGCUGAGCCAGAGGCUGAAAGCUGAGGAGAAGACACUGGACCUGGAGUUUGAGAUCUUGAGCGUGGGCUUCAACGAGGGGGGCAGAUAUGUCCUGCAACUGUCUGCUGAGAAUCCCCUGCAGGUGGGCUCUGGGGCUGGGGUGCAGUUGCGAGUGAAUGAUGGGGAUCCCUUCCCUGCCUGCUCUGCCGCCACGGAUGUCAUUGAGCAGCAGGAUCCCGGCCAGAGCCUCACCCUCAGCAGGAACAAGUUCAUCUUCACUUUGCCCAAAGGCUUCUGCAAGAACAAUGGGCAGCACGAUGCCCAGCUGAGGGUGGAGGCCCUGAGGCUAGAUGGACCCUCAGGCCAGGUGACCCAGCGGGUGGGCGAAGCCAUCUUCCCCAUCUACCCGCGGCCGGACCAACCCCGCAUGAACCUUGAGGCAAAGGAGCAUGAGGACCUCUACCGCUACCACGGCAACCUGGCUCUGCUCCGGACCAGUGCAGACCCCACAGCCCGCCACUGCGGGGGCCUGGCCUACAGCGUGGCCUUCCAUGUGCACCGGGCCCCUCGGCCUCCCGCCGCAAACAGCCCUCCUGGGGCCGGACAACCGGCGCUGACGUCACCACAGGACCCGCUGGACACGUCCCAGAGCUCAGAAACUGAGAUUGGCCACCUGUCUCCUUCUAACAAGGAGACUAUCGUGGUCACUCUCCAUGGAGCCACAAACCUGCCCACCUGCAAGGAUGGUUCCGAGCCGUGGCCCUACGUAAUGGUGAAGAGCACCUCAGAGGAAGCACACAGCCAGAGCACCAAGGCAGUCACAGCUGUGACCUCGGAGCCCACCAGAGCCCCCAUCUGGGGGGACACGGUGAAAGUGGAAAUCCAAGCUGAGGAUGCAGGGCAAGAAGAUGUGGUCCUCAAGGUCAUGGACAAUAAAAAGAAAGAGGAGUUGCUGUCCUACAAUAUCCCCAUCAAAUACCUGCGAGUCUUCCACCCCUACCACUUUGAGCUGGUGAAGCCCACCCAGUCUGGCAACGUCAGCGACACCACAGCCGAGACCAAGCUGUACGCAACAGUCGUUCGAAAGAGCAGCUUCAUCCCCCGCUACAUUGGCUGCAGUCACACAGCCCUGGAGGUCUUUCUCCGGGGAGUCAACGAGCCCCUGGCCAACAACGCCCACCCCAUGGUGGUGAUUGUGCGGGUGGUUCCCAACUACAAGGAAUUUAAGGUCAGCCAGGCCAACAGGGACCCAGGCUCUGAGGGGCUGCCCAUCACGCCACUGCCCUUCCCAAUCCCAUCCGUGAUGAACUUCGAUGUGCCUCGGGUCAGCCAGAAUGGCUGCCCUCAGCUGUCCAAGCCUGGGGGACCCCCCGAGCAGCCACUGUGGAAUCAGUCCUUCCUGUUCCAAGGCCGAGACGGAGCCACGAACUUCUCAAAAGACACAGCCCUGGUGCUGGAGUACUAUCCUUCCACUUCAAUGAGAGGCAGCCAGCCAUGGACACUCUCCCGGCCCCUGGGCAUCUCCGUGCUGCCGCUGAAGAGUCAUUUGUACCGAAAGAUGCUGAUGGGGAAAGGCCUGGACGGGCUGCGUGUGGAGCAGCUCCCCAUCACAGACACCAACCUGAAAACCAUAAAUGGGGAGGCCCCCACAGUGAAUCUCUCCUUCCAGCUGCUCUCCUCCGAGAGGCCAGAAGGCUUCCUGACACCAAACAAUAGCAAGGCUCUGCCCACCCUGGACCCCAAGAUCCUAGAUGAGAAGCUGGGAGCCAUCUGCGAGUCCUGGUCCGAGGCCACAGCCAAUUCCUCAGUGGACUCCAGUACGUCCACCUCUCCGGGAGCAGAAGAGGAACUGCCUAGGCCUGAGACAUCCCGUGACAAGGAGACAGACACCUACCGGCGGGCCAUGCAGAAGAUGGCCGAGGACAUCCUGUCACUGCGGGAGCAGGCCAGCAUCCUGGAGAGGGAGAACCAGGUCCUGAGGAGCCACCUGGCCCAGCAGAAGACGGACGAGGAGCAGGACAGAGCCAGCGAGGCCCAGAACGCGGCAUCCAUGAAGCAGAAACUGCUGAUGAGUGAGCUGGACACAAAGAGACUGAGGGACAAGGUGCAGCAUUUGCAGAAUGAGCUGAUUAGAAAGAAUGAUCGAGAAAAGGAGCUGCUCCUUCUAUGUGAGGCCCAGCAGCCCCAGGCUGUGCAGCUCAAGCUCUACCAGGACAAGCUGCAGAAGACGAAGGCGCUGGAGGAGACCGUGCGGCACCAGGAGAAGGUGAUCGAGAAGAUGGAGCAAGUGCUGGAGGACAGGCUGCGGGACAGGAAGGAGCCCCCGCCCCCAAACAGGCUGCAGGGAAAGCCCAAUGUGGCCUUCCCUGUGCUCUCAGCCUCUGGCCUCCCCCUCGGUUCUGCAGGAGAGAACCUGCCCACCGACAUGUACUCGGUGCUGCUAGCAGAAAACGCAAGACUGCGGGCAGAGCUGGAGAAGAACCGCCACCAGUCAGCCCCCAUCAUUCUGCAGCAACAGGCCCUGCCGGAUUUCCUCUCCAGUAACUCAGACAAAUUCAAUCUCCUGGCCAAGCUGGAGCGAGCUCAGAGCCGGAUCCUCUCCCUGGAAAACCAGUUAGAGGACUCAGCUCGACGCUGGGGACGAGAGAAACAGGACUUGGCCACACGGUUACAGGAGCAAGAACACGGCUUCAGACGCCCCUCAAACUCCAUCAUCAUAGAACAGCCUAAUGCCUCCACCCACUCCACGGACCCCAGGCAGCCCUCGAAGCUGGAGCCCUUGCCGCCCGGCUCAGACAUGAAGCUCAGCGAGCCCCUGGACCCCCGGAGACAGACCUCUGACCCUCAGCAGAUCUAA